GUUCACUGUUCCUCUCUGGUAGCCACGGAACCGAAAUGCAGCGGACGGAUACGAUGUGUUUUAAGUUUUGCAGGUUACGUUACUCAUACAAUCUUUAGACUGGACAAAGCGAAUUCAUUUAGUAUGUGUCCUCCAUUGUUUUUUUAAACCGAAUUCAUUCGGUUUUCAUUCGACGAUUAAUCCAAUCGGCCGUGGAACUGACGUUAGAUUGUGUUUAGUACUUGAAAGAUGUGAUCUAUGCAGUUAUGUGUUCUAUACUUUUUCUUUGGUCAUAUACUGUGCAUCCCAGUGCAUAAUUUGUUGUACCUGUUGUUUUGGCAGAUUUUUGUCAUAGUCAGUAGAAAGAACUUUGUUAGAGUUUUACAGUUUUAUGUUUAAGUUUCUCUUUCAAUGGUUGCGGGUUUUUUAGUUACAGUUGUCGAGGACGAUAUCUAGAUGAUGAAUAAGGCCUAUGAAAACAAUUCUACAGCCUCUUUCCACAUUGGUAUACAAAAUGCAUUGUUGGAUGAGUAAGUGAUGCAUAUUUGUUCUGCAACGUGAUGUUGGUCAUACCUACUGCAAACUGCAGAUGAAUUACUGCAUGCUGAUGCUGUACUGUGGAAGCCAGAUGAACAUUCAAUUAUACCUGAGGCCCAAAGCAGCCAGGACAUUGAACAGAAUGUUUCUUGGAACAUGCUGCCUCCAUACCAUUUUGUAUAUGCUUUCUCUGGCAUUGCUGUCGACUACGAGUACCUCCUGCCACAAAAAUCUUGGUGAAUAUUGAUGUAAUCAAAUCAGAAAGUGAUCUGAUAUUCUGAGCGAAGAACUUUCCAUUGACAUGAAUACUGAUAAGUUUUACAUGUCAUCAACAUUUUCCUUAAAAAUGCCUAAAACUGAGAGUUGUGCCAGUUUACAGAAAAUUGUAUCCAGUUCAUGUAGUGAAACAGAUCUUACAACUUCUCAUGGUGGAAAUCAGGUCGUCAAUAUAAAAGUUGAAAAUGUAGCAGAUGUACAAGACAAGGAGGAAGAUCCCCUGAUAACAGAAUUUCCAAUAAUAAAGGCAGAGCAUGAGCAGAACAUUGAAUUCAUCAAAGUGGAACAUGAUUUGGGUGUUCUGAGUGAAGACAAUUCCACUAGCAUGGAAACUGACGAGCUUUGCGUACCACCGCCAUUUUCCAUAAAAAUGGCUGAACCUGAGAACUGCUGUGAUUUACCAAAAGUUGCACCUGGUUCAUACAAUGAAACACGUGUCACAUCUUCUCAUGAUGGAAACCAGUUCGUCAAUAUAAAAGUUGAGGAUGUCGUAGAUACACAAGAAGACGAGGAGGAGGAGGAUCCUCUGUUAAUAGAAUUUCCAGUAAUGAAGUCUGAAAAUGAGAGUCCUCUGAAUGAACGUCAUCUAAUACAUGGUGAGGAUGAAUGCAUACACCACAGGGAACGUCCAUAUUCCUGUGAUCUGUGUAAUAAGUCUUUCAGUCAGGUGAAUCAUUUGAAGCUACAUCAACGAAUACACAGUGGGGAACAUCCAUAUUCAUGUGAUGUGUGUGAUAAAUCAUUCAGUUGGAGGAGUCAUUUGAAGAUACAUCAGCGCACACAUAGUGGUGAGCGGCCUUAUUCCUGUGAUAUGUGUAAUAAAUCGUUUAGUCAGAGAAGUCAUUUGAAGAUACAUCAAGGCAUACAUAAUGGGGACAAACCAUAUUCUUGUGAUGUGUGCAAUAAAUCCUUCAGUCGCAGGAGUCUUCUUAAGAGACAUGAACGCACACACAGUGGGGAGCGGCCAUACUCCUGUGAUAUAUGUGAUAAAUCAUUUAGUAGUCAGAGUUAUCUGAAGACACACAAACACAUGCACAGUGGGGAACAGCCAUAUUCCUGUGAUGUAUGUAAUAAAUCAUUCAGUCACAUGAGUAUUCUGCAGGUGCAUCAACGCAUACAUAGUGGGGAUCGGUCAUAUUCCUGUGACGUUUGUAAUAAAUUUUUUAGCAGAAAGAGUCAGGUGAAGAUCCAUAAACGCAUACACACUGGAGAUCGCCCAUACGCUUGUGAUGUGUGUAGUAAAUCGUUCAGCCAGAGAAGUCAGCAAAAGGUACAUCAACGCAUACAUAGUGGGGAGCGGCCUUAUUCCUGUGAUGUGUGUAAUAAGUCAUUCAACAGAAAGAGCCAUCUGAAGCUCCAUCAUAGCAUACAUAUUUGAGUUAAUUGCAGGGAGCUGUCAUAUUCAUGUGAUGUGUGUAGUAAAUAAUUUAAUCUGGUGAAUGCUCUGAUGAUGAAUCACACACAUUGAGUUUCUUCAUAUGCCUGCCAUGUGAUCAUUUAUUCAGAGAAGUAAUCUGAAGAUACAUGAAGACAUAUUGGGGAGUGGGCAUAUGCCUGUGAUACAUGUACGAGGUGCGAUCGGAAAGUUUCCAGACUGUGUCAAUAGAGGGCGAACCGGAUGUAGUACGAGCUUCUGCCGCUAGAUGGUGCGGCCUACAUUCAUAGUGAAUCAGUGUGCCAGCCGGCA